AUGGGACCUGAUAUAAACGAGGAAUCCUCAAUUGGAUAUAAAAUCGGCAGCGAGUACGACGGUAUGCCAUCAGAGAGUAAGUAUCCAGCCAAAAAACUUCGUGCGCCAAGGUCAAAAGUUAGGGAUCGUUGAUAAAAUGUUUCAAUAGGGCUACUAUUAGCUGCCUGAAGAAAAAUUUAAGAGUCAGGUGACUUGCGGUCAUUUGGGGACGUUGAAUUUAGACUGAUGUCCGAAAGACUGUCCAACGAGGAAAUUACGGCAGGAACUUCUGUCGAAAAUGUGAAGUAGGCGACUCGGUGAGCUUGGACCGACCAUGUUUGUCGCCGUAACGCGCUAGUAGUUGGGUAUUCUACCGAACAUUUUCAUAAAGACAUGGGGAUUGGCAGUGAUGACAUUUGACCCAUAGGUGUGGUGGUACCAGCAGAAACCGCCAGGCGUCGACGGACCUGACUGCAGCGGCAGGUCUCUGAUGGUGAGCAAUGGACGGACCUCGACGGCGAGAGACACGCAAGAUACGAAGCUGGAAAAUUCAAGGGCGAGGCCGUUUAAAUGUUUUAUAACGUUCUCGAUUAUAGGCACCUUUGGCGUCACUGCAACUAGCAACAUUUAUUGUAGAAAGGGGCCGGAAGUACUCGAGGAUGCGGUUAGAAGUCUCUGCAGACAUCUGAACAGACGAAAAGAAAUGCUAGUCGUAAGGAUAGCUUGAAAAUAAGAUGACAAGCUUUGGAGGAGGAGUUGUUUGAACACCGUGGCAUCAAGAUUUUGUCCGCCUGGCAGCUGCUCCAGACGCCUAUAAAGCUGUGAAGGCUUCCUAUCACCAAGGUCCUCCUCGGAAAUCAAACACUGCAGACAUUUCUGUGUUUGUAGGGAGAUGAAGGGGGUGAGAGCCUCCUUUAGGGCAAUGCGUGGGGUUUAUUUGGACGCGAAGGUCCGUGGCGAUAUCCAUUGGCAACGCUGCCGCACUGUAGCGAAAUUUCGUAUCCUGCCUAGUAUUCUAGCGGGGGGCGAAACGGGAUUUUAAAACGUGUAACCAUAACGCAAUAUCGGCAAGCAACACGGCUGGAAUGUGGAAAGUGUGAAUACCGGUUAUCCGCUGGUAAGUAUGGUCGUUGUACAUGAUUAUCCCAUGUCGGUCAGUGGUCAAAUAAUUGGGGUAGAUGACUGGCGCGUUGAUACAAAGAGUGAAAGUUAGUCAUCGUAUUGGUUGAGAGGGUGAGACAGCGCGGAUAGCGAAAAAGGUCUAGCCAGAAUAAUGUGAGCGAUGAAAAGUAAUGCGGGAAGGAAUCCGAAUGGAAAUGGUUAAGUACAGAAAUAGAACAGAAGGCAUUAUGAACGACACGGAGUCACCAAUGUGAUAGAUAAACUGUUCGAUGCUUGGACUUAAAGGAUAAGUAUGCGCGCAUAUAUACGCGGAUAUAAUUAGAAGAAACAAAGUAACCACUAAAACGCGACUUGAUAAUAAAUGGACAUUGGGAGUUGUAGCAGAUUUUUGGUGCACUAAAACGAAACGCCUUAUCAUGUCACCACAACACCAAGACAGAGCAUAUCGACUAAGAAGGCUAUUUUCUAAAGAUAGUAUCACAUACCCUCGUUUCAAUGAGGUUUAUUUAACAAGCAAAAUGUACUAAUGGACUCAUGAACUUGCAAGAAUUCUGAUAACUGCCUAAAAUUGGGGGGGGGGCCCAUGACCUGCCGAGCACCUCGUGGUUCAAAUUUUUGGAGGGCAAUAUGUUCGCAAGAUUUAAAUUUGAAUCGAGGACCUUGUUUAUUAAACUUAAAGGACAUCAGCGCUCUAGAUGUCAGUCGCGCAUUCGUUGUCCUAUCUGCAGCCGUCUAAAAUGGUCAAUAUCUUAGCAUGCUGCUUGCCGGCCAUGCUACAACGUAACGCGAUGAGCACCUCCCAUAAACUUAACGGUUAUCGUCGAUUCCACGAUAUAAAUGCAUAGAUAUUUGCAUACUCCAAGAACCAAAUUUAUGUGCAGCAAUUAUCCGACUACUAACAGGUGUUUACAGGACAAAUAAAUAUUCCUUAUUUACAUUUUGGGAGUUAAUUACAAGUAAUAAAUUUUUUGCUUGACCUAACGGAGACCUAUAGACAUUUUUACGUGGCAGACUAGCAGUAGCCCACAUUUCAAAAUCUACGGCACCAUCAUAACAUUUGAUGGUUUCCCAUCCUGCGACUCCGUCCAGAUGCAUUUCCAAGCUAAAAUUCACUCGACUUUUUUAAAAAUUAAAACCUCUCUUGUACUUUCCAAGAACGUUAGUUAGUCAUUCCAUGAAACCAGACAAGCCCUUGAUAAUACGGCUUCUGGAAAUAAAUGAAAGCUGACAUUGCGUUGUUUUUAGUUUUACUCUAUCAAACGCGUAAGCAUAGUUCAUUUGAAGGUUAGCCGCGAAUUACCGUGGACGCUGUUAAUUCUCGCGGUGACCGUCUACUUAGGCUUAGUUAUGGGGAGCGAAGACGUCCCUUUGGAUAAUUUACUGAAAUCCCAACUUCGUCAUCUCUUUGAGGAAAGGAUAUCAUUUUCCGAUAAAUUAGACGUCAUGGGAAUUAUCUCAUAUACUGUUGAUGGAAAUCAGGAGAAGUUCGUGAAAAUAAAUUUUUCCUACAAUGCUGGCAACACCCACGAACCAAAUGCUAUCCAUUCCGCUGAAUGUAGUCGCCGUAUUUCCUCCCCCAAGGGCAAAAUUUCACCUUUCGAACAAGCGUCUGCCCUGUUCAGCCCUGUGGACAUUAUCGAAAGCCGGUCGCAACCAGCUGAGUCACCGCCUCUUCUGGCACCUUUGUCAGUAAAUUUAAGAUGCGUUUCGACACCUCCAACUGUUGGAACUGGUAAGUUAUUUAGACACUUGUCUUAUGUUACGUUUAGUGUUCCAAGUUGGAGGAACGCACGAGUUUGAUUCGACUGGUAAUACGACGGAAUGUGGAGGCCAAGACCGCCGUGACAGGCGAAAAUCUAGUAAACCUCGCCGCCAGGUCCUACCGCAUAAUUACAAAAAUGCCCGGAAAUACGAAUCUGAAUCACUAG